AUGUUUUCAAAGAUUAUCGCCAUAGCCACCUUUUUGGCAGUAGCUAGAGGUGGUAUUGUUGAUUACGCAUCUCAAUCCUUGGGUGGGUCAUAUGGAGGAGGUCAUGAGCACCAUGUCGAUUAUUAUGCUUAUCCCAAAUACGAAUUUAAAUAUGGAGUCCAAGAUCCGCACACAGGGGACCACAAAACCCAACACGAAGUGCGUGAUGGCGAUGUUGUCAAAGGUUCUUACUCCCUUGUUGAACCCGAUGGUACCACCCGUACUGUCCACUACACCGCCGAUGACCACAAUGGUUUCAACGCAGUCGUAGAAAAAUCAGGGCAAGCUUUCCACCAAGCCCCUGUAUACACGAACUCGAUCGUUGCUGCCGAACCCUAUUAUCAUCACUAA